UAUUUUCAGAUUUCUGAUCUCCACAUCAGUAAAUAUAAAGAUUUGAAGAGAGGACCUGAUUUAGUUCAUUUAUGUAAAACACAUUUAAGUGUUAUAAAGCCAGAAAUCGUCAUUACAUCAGGUGAUUUGGUUGAUGCUAAAUACCCUGAUCAUGUAUCAUCAACUCAAUUUGCUGAAGAAUGGACAGCAUAUAAAGAGGUGGUUGAACUGUGUGAGGAAUUCUUGAAACCAACAAAAUGGCUGGAUAUCAGAGGCAAUCAUGAUGCUUUUGAUGUUCCUGAUUUGGAGCACCCACAUAAUUAUUAUAGGGAGUACUCUAAGCAGGGCAAACAUUCUAAAAUGUCCUAUUCCUAUACCCAUAACAAAAAUUAUGGUAAAUACAGGUUUAUAGGCGUUGAUGCUUGUCCAGACCCUGGACCUCGUAGACCUUUUAAUUUCUUUGGACAACUUAACACUGAUCGUCAGAGUGAUCUGAUCAAGUUAGCUCAAGAAGAUACACCAAGUAAUCUUACAAUAUGGUUUGGUCAUUAUCCUACUUCAAUCAUAGUUCAAGAUCCACCAGGAAUCAAACAUAUCAUGAGGAAAGGCAUUGCCUAUCUUUGUGGACAUCUCCAUACAUUAAAUGGUAUGGUACCAAGUAUGUAUACUAAACAGAAGACUGGUAUGUUAGAACUGGAACUAGGUGAUUGGAGAGAUAACAGAAUGUAUCGUGUGUUAGCCAUAGAUAAUGAUAUAUUAUCGUUUAUUGAUGCAAAACUAACAGACUGGCCAGUUAUUUUAUUAACCAACCCGAAACAUGCAUUAUUUCAAACUCCUAGUCAUGAACCAGUUCAUCUUAUAAAAUCUUCCACACAUAUCAGAUUUCUAGUAUUUAGUGAAGGUGAUAUUGUAUCAGCUACUGUCUAUAUAGAUAAUAUAAACCUAGGUUCAGGAUCACAUAUCAGUGGUCCAUUAUAUACAUUACCCUGGGAUACCUCCAAAUAUAUUACAGGAUUACAUAAUAUCAAAAUUAUAGUUCAGGAUUCCUUAGGAAAUGAGAAUGAAAUAACUCAGCCAUUUUCAUUGGAUGGAAGUCACCCAGAUUUCAAGAUUAUAUCUCGACUCAUACUUAUGACGAAUAUCUCAUUUUUGGUAUGUAGAUUUUAUAGACUCACAUCUCUCUAUACAUUUUUUUGUGGUUUGGUAAAAUAUUAUGAUAAUCAUUAUAUCUUUAUUACAGGAGAAAGCUAUUUAUGUGUUUUAUGUAAUAAAUGGUUGUUUAAAUUAUGGUUAACAUCUCGAACCAAUUUCACAUAUUAUUCUCAUAUUCUCUUUUUAUUAUAUGUCACUUUUGGUCCGUGGUUUGUUGGUGAUUUAUUAGUAGAUCAUGUUGGGUGUGUAUUUGUAUGGGGUAUAUUCCUCAAGAAUACCUUCAUACCAGGCAGUGUUACUUAUUUUUAUGGUCUAUUUCAGAUUAUAACGUUCAACAUUCCCUUAUUACUCAUUACCAGUCACAUACUAGAUAUACGAUCAAAGCUACGCUCUAGAACAAUUACCCAGUCUUAUUUGAAAAUACCCUUCAUUAUAUUAUUAAUAUUUCAAUCUUUAUUAACUUUUAAAGAAUUUCCCUCUGCAUAUGGUACCAAGGCAUUAGUUAUAGGACCAGUUAGAACGGGCUCUAUUAUAUUUGCAAUUUAUACUUAUUAUUACUCAAAUAAAGUAUCAGUUCAAGACGGAAGGACUCAGUCCUGUACUGUAUCCUAUAGUUGA